UCCGUCAGCGGGUACUUCCGUAGCAACCACAGAGUCCUUAGCAACCGCCUCGAGAAAAACAGUCGGAAUGAUGGAGACGACAAUCUGUGCCCAUAAAUCCGUUUGGCAACAAGUGUGUGAAGCGUUUGAAGCAGAGCAGCUCAGUCCUCCCAGCAGCUCCCGGUACUCCAGGACAGACUCCCCGCUCCUCACCACAGCCAAGGUGUUUGUGGAUGAGGAUCCUCUGGGAGACUUUGACCUCCUGCUCGGCUGCUCACAGACAGAAAAACCUCCAGCUGCAUUUGAACGUCCUGCCACGUGUUUCUUGGAGCAGACAGUGUUUCCUGUGCUGCUGCCUGGACUGGAGGCUCUGCUGAGAGAAGCUCAGACUCACGGCUGCUUUCAGAGGAAAAUUACUGCAUUUAACCCCUGUGACUUCCUCACUGAGUGGCUCUAUAACCACAACCCCUGCAGACGAGAGCAGCUCCCGGUGGCCUUUGAAGACAUCCCAUUUGUCAAGAAGCAGCUCAAGAUGCACCCCAGGCCUCCCAUCCCUCUGUUCCUCCUGCUGGGGGAGGAUGAGGCUGCUCUGCUCAUUCAGGCCUUCUGGAGGGGAUACAAGAUCAGGACUCGCCCAGAUGUGCAGGAGCUGCGCCGCUGGCAGAAAGAACUGAGAGAAACCCGUGACAUCACCAAAACCGUCGAACGGUUCUGGAAUCAACAAGAGAGACGAGUGGGUUCGCUGAUGGCAGAUCUUCCAGAAAGCCCCCAACCAGGCGACUCUGAAGUGUCCAUCCAGGUGUUGUCCCCGACCCCCCAGAGCUCGGUGGUCCACAGUCCCAGCACCCAGAUGAGCCCGGAGCCCGGUGAUUGGCUCAGCCCCGGACUGUUCAGCAGAGAGGAAACCGUCCUGGAUAUAAACCCCUGACUGCUGCUUCUCCAUGGUUGUGUUAGCUCAGAUCAUUAGCUCCAGCUACGAGGUUCUUGUAGUGUUUAAAGGCCAUUAAACUCUGUUAGGUUGAUGUCCAACUGACCAAAGCAAUCAGUCAAACGAGCCAUUUAAAGGCCUGUAACCAGCUGGACGUGACCAGGAAAGAGGAUUUAUGGACUCAGAUCUGCGUCUAAUCAGUUUAUUGCUUUCAUUGCCUUUUUGAUGGAUCACUUCUCUUCACAAAUCUCACCCAACAAAUGAAAACCAUCUCACACGGGUCACAUGUUUUACUGUGGGGAGUGAAACCUCUUGUAACAGACUUAGUAUUUCCUCUCUGCUGAUUUCUCACUGGAACAGAACCACAUUUCCUUGAUGUGUCUUUUCCUUUUUACUUAGCAAUUCAUAUCCCGCCAAAAAAGAGGUCAGAGCGUUUUCAUUCAAGCUCAGGACUGAGACUUCUAUCCUGUUUACCAGAAGAGGAAGUUACCCUGCCAGCAAAACAGAAUAAAAGCUCUUAAAAACAUCACUGAGAUUCUUUGUAGGCGAUAACUAUGAAUAUCUAAUAGUUUCUUUACCACUGAUAAUAACCGUGCAGAACAUCUCUCUGGGUAGACUAAAUGUUCAAACUAUUAAACGAUUUCUUCCAGGAUGAAUAA